AUGUCAGUGUUGCAAGUCUUUGGCUCCAUGGCCAUCAUCUCGAUCACUCUGCCAUCUUGGACUCUUCUUUUGCUGCUCAAUUAUGACCUUUUCGCCAAAGUGAGCGUCGCCACAGGUUUGCCUACUGCUGGCGCCUGUCAAGCAUGGUGGCUAGAGUCUGAAGAACCCUCUACAGACCCCUCUACUGCUUCUGACGAAUGUCCAUUUGUCUUGAAAAGUCGUGUCAAGAAUGAAUACCUUCCCAGGUCUGUGGUCGGAGAGACUGUUGUCAAGCAUACCGAUUACGCUGAUUGCUACUUCGUCAACAUCAAUGAAAAGUGCCCACACGGGCCCAAGAGCGACCAUGAUGGCAACUAUUUUUCAAUUAAGAUCAAGGAACAGCUUGCAUCUUUCGGAUACUUUUGUCCUCGCGCUAUCAAAACAAAUUGA